CCACAAUUUCACAUCUGCAAACACUGUCUUCAUCCACUUGACUCCUAAGACCCGCCCACACGUGGCCAACCUUUCGCGUUUUUUAAUGCUUUUUCACUGCAGGUUCAUGUGUUGAGACCAACCUUAUAUGGACUGAUCGGACAAGCGGAUUGUCCGAAAAGCUGGUGCAGCAACUUUCCCUGCAUAUUCCCCCCCACCAGAAUAUGUCGUUGACCAACACAAAGACGGGCUUUUCUGUAAAGGACAUUUUGGACCUUCCUGACACAAAUGACGAAGAAGGAUCUAUCACCGGAGCGGAGGAAGACACGGAGGGAUCGGAGACCACGUCCACGACAAAAACCACUGGAGUUUUGGUGCAAAGUCCUCUAGAAAACGUUCAAAAUCUGCCUUUAAAGAACCCCUUUUAUGACAGUAGUGACAAUCCUUACACACGAUGGCUUGCAACAACGGACAGUAUUCAAUAUUCAUUGCACGGUCUAUCCGCCAGCUCUCAGGACUCCGCCAAGUCCCCGGAGCCUUCAGCGGACGACGAAUCGCCGGACAACGACAAGGAAACUUCCAGCAGCGGCGGGAGCGACUCUGGCAAGAAGCGGAAAAGGAGGGUGUUGUUUUCCAAGGCACAGACCUAUGAGCUGGAGCGCCGCUUCAGACAGCAGAGGUACCUGUCCGCCCCGGAGAGGGAGCACCUGGCCAGCUUGAUCCGCCUCACCCCGACCCAAGUGAAGAUCUGGUUCCAGAACCACCGGUAUAAGAUGAAGAGAGCCCGGGCCGAGAAAGGUAUGGAAGUGACCCAUCUCCCUUCUCCCAGGCGGGUGGCCGUGCCCGUCUUAGUCAGGGAUGGAAAGCCUUGUCACACUCUUAAAGCUCAGGACUUGGCGGCCACUUUUCAGGCCGGGAUCCCCUUUUCGGCAUAUAGUGCCCAGUCACUCCAACACAUGCAGUAUAACGCGCAGUACAGCGCCGCGGCCACGCCACAAUUCCCCACAGCACAUCACUUGGUGCAAACGCAACAGUGGACUUGGUGAGAGAAAUUAUAGAGACUUGGCUUGGAGGCGCGGUAGGGAGUUUCACCACAAAGCAAAGAAAAAAUAAAACACACAAACAAAAGACUUUUCAUUUUUGCAGCUUGACUCAUAUAUAUACUACCAUUUUUAUUCGGGGCUCAUGUGUGCGCCGUGUUUACAUGUUUUCGUUAAGAGAACUGGGUCCAAACCUCUCCCAUAUAGAUUUUAUUAAGAAUGUCAAUGCUCUUCUUGUGAUUUUUUUUUUUUUUUGUAAGUAUGUUGUGUGUUGGUUGUAGAGAUGUUUCCUCUUUUUUUUCUUUGUCCCUUCGUGUUAUUAUCAGCACGUACGAACCACUUUAUAAUUAUAGAAAUUUUAAUUUCUUGCUUCUUUUAUGGACCGAAAAAAAUAUUUAUGGCCAUGAAUAAACACUGGCAAGUUUUCAGCUUUUUCCCUUUGGUUUUUAUUUCUUGUAAAUAAUUUUGUGGCAGGUGUUUGCAACGCAGAGCAGUUGCGGGAGUGUGGCGAUGAAGAGGGUUGUGU